AUGCAUUAUUCGAUCGGAUCUCUUAAAAAAGUUUACACUGAACAUGAGCUGGCGACGUUCAUAACAAAAGGAUUAAAGAACCCCGAAACAAAGUUAGUCGCGACGAAUCUGAAGUACGGCCAAUUUCAACAUUGGUUCAAUGAUCUGAAGAAACCGUCAGAAAUCGCUGAAUAUUUCGGGGAAAAAAAUCCAUUACGGUUCAGCUACACCAACUUUUACAGAAGAAUAGGGUUUUCUAAAAAAGUCCUGCCUAUCCAUACCAAGUUCUGGCCUUCUUCUCAGUUCUCAGACAGUAAACUCGUGCCAAACCUGCAUGAGAAGCCCAAAGUGGAUAGCAAAAACGCCAAUGACCUGCUUGAAUCUUUUGCAAACUUUGUUGCCGAGUAUAACACGCACUUUCGUGUAGAAUCAUUGGAUUUGUUCGCGCUCCUUUGCGCUCGCUUUUAUAGGCGUGACGUGACUGGCAUUCUUACUAGUGGCAAUAUGAAAUUACGCUUGGAUGAAAAUCUCGAUCGCACUAUCACACGCGCUCAAAACAGCCAAAUCCAAUUUUGGAUCAAGAAAAACACAGAUCCGGAUGCUUUUUCUGAUGUAUAUGAAUAA